CCCUCCCGCCCGCCGUAGCGCGGGCUUCCUUUUCGAGAUGGCGGCGCCCUGCGGUCUGCGCGGUCGGUGGCUGUGGGCCGCGGUGGUGCCGGCCGCCGUGCUGUGCGUAGCGGUCUGGGCCGCGGAAGAGGCGAGCACGGCUGAGUUCGACGUGAGGCCCGGUGGGGAAGUUCACUCCUUCUCCCGGAGCCUGGGGGAUUACACCUGCACUUUCACGUACUCUGCUCAGGGAGGAACAAACGAGCAAUGGCAGAUGAAUAUUGGAGUCAGUGAAGACAACCUGCUCUUCUCCUGCUCUGUCUGGAGGCCCCAAGGGAAGUCUUACCUCUUCUUCACCCAGUUUAAAGCAGAAGUGAAAGGAGCCAAGAUAGAAUAUGCCAUGGCUUAUUCUCAAGCUGCCGUGGGUGCACAGAGUGACAUCCCCUUAAAACAGGAAGAAUUUGAAAUCACUGAAACAACAGUGUCUCACAGGGAAGGCAAGUUCCGUUUUGAACUGUCAAAACUUAUGAUUGUGGCAAAAACUCCCCAUGAUGAGCUGUGACUCUGAAGACGCUGUUGGACAGUGUUUUGGCCAGGAGAACGUGGCAGAUAAUGGAGAUUACUUGUUAUUGGCAGUUAUUUCAGUUGGCCAAACCUUUCUUUUUUUCCAUAUUGAGGUGUGCUAGUGUCCAAGACAAGUGGGACUUGGAGGUGUUGAGACAAAUGCGUUCUGUCUUGUGUCAGAGUAACAAUGUGCUUUGCAGCUGGAAAUCUCUUCUGAGAAUCCUGAUCUGCAGCCAGCCAUUCUGCUGUCUGCUUUCUGCUUCAGUGAUCUGCUGAAUAUGGUAAAGCUCUGCUCUAAAAGGGCACUUUAUCUUCCUUGCUAGGAAGAGCAAUGCAGAAAGAUAAGCAGCUGGAUUUAAGCAAGAUCUCCUAAAGGAAAGUUGUUAACUCUGGAGUCUCUGGAAGGUGAUGACAGGGUUUCUUUCUCUGCAAGCGUUACAGAAGAAACAAAUUAAAUUGGGUAGGAGGGGGAAGGAAGGGAUGGGCUUGGUCAAAGCCACCUGACUUCUUCUCGAGUGCCACUGUGGAAAACCAUCACUGGCUUUAUUUCUGUUCCUGCCCUAGUGCAGAUUGCAGAUUGGGGUAACUUGGCGUGGGGAAGGCAGAGCUUCUUAUUCUGACACAACCCAGGAAUCAAUCCAAGCAACACUUUCAUGUCUCAGUACCAGUGCAGGACUAUUUCCUACGUGAAGAAGCAUUUUUUUUUCUUAUCUAGAAUAUUAACAGUGAGGGAAUGUGGAAUUCCUAUCCUGUGUAAAUACACAAAUAAAGCAUCAUGCUCUCA